AAUCUUCUCUAUUCGUGAGACUACCCUUGCAUCAAUCAUACCAUUACCGUUAAUCGUUCUUUGUAUACACUUCCAACACCUCUGGUAUCGAUGCCCAUCUCAUUUUGCACUUGCGCUUUGUUAUUAGUACCUUUAACAAUCUGAUCAAAUCGAUUGACUGUUGUACCGGCUUCCAUAAGUAUGACUGCAGUAUCGGAACAGAAGAGCAGUCAUAACAAGAGCACGCAACCAUGCAACAACUCCUACGUAUCAUCCAAGCUGUUAUUGUGUAUGCUAUCAGUGCGUUCUACGCGGUUCUGUUUGUGCUCCAUACAGGACUCGAGUUCCUUGCGAAUCCCUACGACUGGACAACAAGAAAGCGAUCUUUGUCUCCCGCCGUACUGGACGACCCUGCUUUCGGAAGACACAAAUAUGCUGAUGUUAACGGCUACAAGCUGCAUUAUGUCGAGGAUGGAAAUCCUGAAAAACCGCUGAUGCUGUUUCUUCAUGGAUUUCCUGAGUUUUGGUUUAGUUGGCGUCAUCAGAUGAAGGAAUUUUCGAAGGAUUAUCGAGUGGUAGCACUAGAUUUGCGAGGGUAUGGGAGAUCAAGUGCACCGAAUGAUCGUGCUGCCUAUAAGUUGGAUUUGCUGGUUGAAGAUGUGAGGAGUUUUGUUGUUAUGAUGGGUUAUGAAAAAGUGAUUUUAGUUGGACAUGAUUGGGGAGCAAUCAUUGGUUUUCAGUUUGUGCAAAAACACAUGGAAAUGGUAGAUCGGUACAUCAUGAUGGGAGCACCAUCGUUAGACGUUUUCAGAAGACUGUUGGCCACCAGUUGGUGCCAAUUUCUGAUGUCUUGGUAUGCAUUUUUCUUUUUGAUGCCGUGGUUGCCGGAGUUUUAUAUCAGAGCGAGAGAUUUCCAUUAUAUCGAGAAAAAUAUGGGGGAAUUUUUGACGAGUUCGGAACUGGAGGCCUACAAAUACACAUUUUCGAACAGUGGGUCAUUGACGAGAGCGAUCGAUUACUACAGAGAGAACUUUAGUUUUCUUAGGAAAGAGGAAAAAUUGCCAAAAAUUGAAAAGUAUGCUCCAGGUUUGUAUUUGAUGGCAGAUGACGAUAAAUUUAUAACUAUGCAGAGUGGGCAACUGUUGAUGCGAAGUAUACCUCAAUUAAGAUGCAGAGUUGUGCCUGGGUCCGGACAUUACGUGCAACAGAAUCAUCCAGUACUCGUUAACAAGAUGAUCCGCGAUUUCCUUGUUUUGUGAAAUGGUUUUUUUUUCCUACUAGCUCUAAGAGUUUAUUAGCAAGAAUAAAAUCUAUGUAAGUGCAGUCAACAAAGAAAA